AUGCUGUCUAUCAGCUGUGUCCCAACAGCCACCACGGCCCGGACCAUCUCACCUUCCUCCUGCUCCUCCUCUCCCACGGGCUCCCUUUCCUCACACCUAUCAGCUCGCACCGCAACCUCCCAUCAUCUCAUCGUCGCGCUCUCUCAACCUCGCAAUAUUGCAACAAAUAGUCUUCCAGCUCAGCACGCGCAGCUGCAGCAGCGGAAUACUCCACCAAUCGCGCAUUUCCUCGACCGCUCGCUGCUCUUGCCGCUCCGAGCUCGACGCCUUCCACAUUCCCCCGCAAGCGCGCAUGGAACGGAGCGGCAGCGGCGAGCGGUGCCGUGCCGAGCCAGCGGGUCGAACGGCGACGGCAAGGAGGAGCGCAAAGUGUACAGCCAGGAUGCUCGCAUGAGGCAGGAGGUGCUGAACCCGUUCCGCACGGUGCGCAUGUUCCUGUACGGCGCGUUCAUCGCGUCCGCGUCCAUCGGCGCGCUCAUCACCGCCACGUCGCUGCUCGCCAUCGCCGCGGGCGCGCGCGACGCGGACGCGCUGCAGAUCCAGGACUCGCUCAAGGACCUCGGGAUUGACGUGGCGGCUGUCGCUAUAUUCGCGUUCCUGUACCGGUCGGACGCACGGGGCAAGGACGCAUCUCUGAACCGGCUGACCCGGGAGGAGUCCCUGGCAAAGCUGCGCCUAGAGCUGCCCACGGGGCGCAUCGUGAGCCUGGCCCAGCUGCAGGGCACCUGCCGCCUCAUCAUUGUCGCCGGCCCCCUCUCCCACGUGCAAACCGCCCUCGCUGCUGCCGAGCCGUACCGCGCUGCGCUGCUGGAGCGAGCCGUGGUGGUCGCUCCGCUUGUGACUGUGGGUGUGGAAGCAGGGGCAGCGGCUUCUGGGAAUGUUGUGCUUCCGGGGGAUUUUAAGGAGUUUGCAGAGGUGGUGGAUCCGGCUUGGGGGGGUGAAGUGGCUGGGGAUGGAAAUGGUGGGGGGAAAGUGGGAGAGGUGGGUGGUAAUGCGCAGGCUGCUACAGCUGCCAGUGGGUUGCUUCAGAGGUGGAUGGGCCGGCCAACUUACACUGAUGAAUGGAACAGGGGAAUUGGGGAGGCGAGAAGGGGUAAUGGGGAGCGGGAAGGGGAAUUGGGGAGGCGGGAAGGGGUAAUGGGGAGCGGGAAGGGGAAUUGGGGAGGCGGGAAAGGGUAA